GAAUACACCCACCUGGAAUUUAGGUGCGACCUUCUCAAGUUUGGAUGUGUUAUGACCGACGAGUUAAGGGCAGAUAUUACUGAAGUGAAGCUUGAUCUGAUAGAGUCCACACUGUUCAGGGAUUUGUUUAGAGCUUUUUAUGAGCGGCAAAUAAUAGACUCUGCUUGUAGGUAGUCUAAUAGUGACAUCAUUUCUCUUUUAAAAUGCUUUGACAAGGAAAAAAACUCGUUUCAGUUUGGGGAAAUUACUGGUACCAUAUCUGUAGGUGACAUUCCAGAACUGUUUGGUUUGAAUAUUGAAGGUCGUGAGAUCAACCUUAACCAGAAGAAGAGAAAAGGGGAUUCUGAUUUCAUUAAAAGACGAUUCCCUGGAGUGAAAAGGUUGUCCAAGGUGAUCCUGGAGCAACUAAUCAAAGAUGUAUCUAAACUGAGGGGGCUUGAGAAUGAAUGUGAUUUUGUUAGGUUGGUUUGUCUCUAUUUUUGUGUAACACUAUUUUUCUGCAAUAGUGGCAAUGACCUUAGCUGGUUUAUAGUUCCAUACAUAGAGGACCUAGAUUCAAUGUCUCUCUAUGCCUGGGCACCCGCAGUGAAGAAUUACUUGGACAACUCCCUUUGUUGAUAGAUAUAUGACGUAUACCACAAUUAAUGCUCUACCUCUAUGACAACAUAAUGUGCAGCAUGGUGAAAUCUCAAAACGCUUGGCAUUUUUGAAAGAUAAGGGUAAAUCAAUUAUUAAGAGCAAGAUGAUAUGGAAACAUGUGAAAAGAGAAGGGCAAGUGAGUCUAUUUACGUUCAAUGUAUCAAACAAAGACACGGACUUGCUUACCUGGUUGGGAAGGAAUAAUGUUCAUCAUUUCCCUAUUAUUUCAAGCAAGGAAUGUCCUAAACAAGAUCCUUCCAGUGUGGACAACGGGAUUGCUGUGACGUACAUUAUCAAGCGAUUAUCGGAAGGUCUUGAAUUAGAGUCUACCUUUAAAAAAGGUGCCAUGACUCAGCAGAGAGCACAUGUUUUGGGAAGGUUCUUAAGUGACAACAAUGACGGUUAGGCUCAUC